AUGGAUGAAAAAGCUAAGUCCUCAGAUCAUGUUGCUGUCACCAUUGACCAGCACAAUAACCAUCCGAAAACCCCUUCCUCUUCCUCCGUGGACAACAAGCCCCCCAAACAACAACCCUUGAGGGUCAAAACCCUUAAUCGGCUCAGCUUCUCGAAGCCCAAAUCCAGAAUCCUCGAGUACAAUAACUACUAUCCCCACCACCAUCUCGGCAGAAAGCUAUCAAGCAUUUCGCAGGAGAACAACAACGACAAUAAUAAUGAGGACGUGGACGAAGAUGAAGAGGAAGAGGAGGAGUGGUGGGACGAAGAAGAAGAGAUCGAGGAGGAGGGUGAGGGAGAGAGGAAUAAGUUGCAGGAGAGGAGGAGGAGGAAGAAGGUGAGGUGGAGGGUAGUGGUGGAGUGGGUGGUGUUCCUGAGCAUAGCAACAUGCUUGGUGUGUUCGCUGGCAAUAACGAGGAUAAAGAAGAUGCACAUGGUGGGUUUGGAGAUAUGGAAGUGGUGCUUGAUGGUGAUGGUGACAUUCAGCGGGAGGUUGGUGUCGGGGUGGGUGGUGGGGGUGACGGUGUUCGUGAUAGAGAGGAACUUCAUGCUGAGAGAGAAGGUGCUGUACUUCAUAUACGGGCUGAGGAAGAGCAUAAGGAACUGCAUGUGGCUAGGGCUGGUGCUUCUUUCAUACUGGAGCGUGGUGUUCGACGACGUGCAGAAGAAGAACCACAUGUUCCUGAACAAGGUGUUUCAGGGACUGGUGGCAGUGCUGGUUGGGGCCAUCAUAUGGCUCGUCAAGAUUGUUCUGGUGAAGAUGCUGGCAUCCUCUUUUCAUGUGGCCACCUACUUCGACAGGAUGAAGGAGAGCGUCUUCCAUCACUACAUCCUCGACACUCUCUCAGGUCCGCCCAUGGAGGACGCGGAGGAGAUACUGCAGCAGCACCGCCUGCUCACGGGAGGCGGAUCAAAGUCGAUGCCUGCCAGGACUGAGGGAGCUGAGCAUGGAGAGCACUGCAUCCGCCUGGUCGAUGAUUUCACCACCGCCGAGUCUGAGAUCAACAGUGAAUGGGAAGCUAGAAAUUGCGCUCAGCGGAUUUUCAACAACGUCGCCAAACCUGCUGCCAAGUACAUUGAAGAGGAGGAUUUGAUGAGAUUUCUGAAGAGGGUUGAGAUACAUACUAUAUUCCCUCUCUUCGAAGGUGCCCUUGAAACAGGGAAGAUCAGCAGAUCAUCAUUUAGAAAUUGGGUGAUUCGAGCAUACUACGAACGAAAGGCACUAGCACAAUCACUGAAUGAUACAAAAACAGCAGUGCAGCAGCUUCACAAACUAGCAAGCGCGAUAGUUAGUGUGAUAAUAAUCAUUGUGAUCCUUUUGGUGAUGGGAGUGGCUACGCUCAAGAUCAUAUUCUUCUGCAUGACGCAAAUCGUGUUGAUUGGGGUUGCCUUCCAAGGUACCUGCAAGACCGUCUUGGAGGCCAUCAUCUUCGUCUUUGUCAUGCAUCCUUUCGACAUUGGAGACCGCUGCGUCAUUGAUGGUGUUCAUAUGAUUGUGGAAGAGAUGAAUAUCUUGUCAACAGUGUUUCUCAGAUACGACAACGAGAAAAUAUACUACCCUAAUGCAGUUCUGCUGAAUAAGCCAAUCAGCAAUUUCUACAGGAGUCCGGAGAUGUGGGACUCAAUUGAUUUCACCAUUGAUGCUUCUACUCCCAUGGAGACUAUCAUUGCACUCAAGAAAUCAAUACAAAUUUACAUUGAGAGCAAGCCAAAGUAUUGGAAUCCAAAGCACAGUGUGAUAGCAAAAGAAAUACAGAAUGUGGACAAGCUGAAGCUGUGCUUGUGUGUGCAACACACAAUCAAUCAUCAGAACUAUGGCGAAAGGAGCAUUAGGAUCACUGAGCUCCUCUUGGAACUCAAAAAGAUCUUUGAGAUCCAUGCUGUCAAGUACAAUCUCCUCCCUCAGGAGAUCCACAUUACCCAGAUGAACAUGGAAAAUAAUGGCAGACUUGUCUUUCAAUCAUGAUCUGAUGAGAUCGGACAUACCAUACCAACUUCCGUCUCUUUUCGUUUCAUUAGUAUUUCUUGCUCUAAAUCUUGCAAAUUAUGUUCCUUUCAAACUCCAUAAAAUCUUGUGUGCUUCACUUCAUGUUAUGGUAUUAACUCAUCAUUAAAAUGGUACUUUGUACAUUGUUUAUUAUUAUUAGUAGUUCAUCAAUACAACUCGCUUA